GAGAGUGUCGAGCCGCCAUAUCUGCAGCCGCCGCCGCAGUUGGGAACGCAGCUGCCGCAGUUGGAAACGCAGCAUCCGCACUGAGCCGCCUCCGCCUUGCGGUUGAGGUUUGGGUAGUUACCCCUUGGCCUUUUGCUCUUGCUGCCUUACCUUCGCCAGGUAGCCCGCUCUUUUGACCCCAGUCCCUCCCCGCUACACACCAGGUCCUCAGACCAUGGAUCCUGGCAGUAGCAGCAGCGACUCCGCGCCCGAUUGCUGGGACCAAGUGGACAUGGAAGCCCCGAUUUCGGCCCCGAACGGGAGCGGGGAUGGAGUCACCUCCGCAGUGGCCGAGACCCAGCGUGAGCACCUCAGCUUGGCCUUCAGCCGCCAGCUCAACGUCAACGCCAAACCCUUCGUGCCUAAUGUACAUGCCGCGGAGUUCGUGCCAUCCUUCCUGUGGGGCCCAGCGCAGCUGCCCACCCCCGCAGCCGGCUCCGCCAGCAACGAUGAAAGCUGCAUCCGCGCGGGAGACCCUCAAGGUAAAAGGCUGGGAUGGGGGGCACCUGUGGAACCUCCCAAAGAGGAACCCUUAGUGUGGGAAGGUUCCAAUUCAGCCGUUACCAUGGAACUUUCAGAACCUGUUGUAGAGAAUGGAGAGGUGGAAAUGAUCCUAGAAGAAUCAUGGGAGCACAGUAAAGAAGUAAGUGAAGCAGAGCCUGGGGGUGGUUCCUUGGGAGAUUCAGGGCCUCCAGAAGAAAGUGGCCAGGAAAUGAUGGAGGAAAAAGAGGACAUGAGAAAAUCAAAAUCUGUGGUCGUGCCCUCGGGUGCUCCUAAAAAGGAACAUGUAAAUGUGGUCUUCAUCGGGCAUGUUGAUGCUGGCAAGUCAACCAUCGGAGGACAAAUAAUGUUUUUGACCGGAAUGGUUGACAAAAGGACUCUUGAGAAAUAUGAAAGAGAAGCCAAGGAAAAAAACAGAGAAACCUGGUAUUUGUCCAGGUCCUUAGAUACAAAUCAGGAAGAACGAGACAAGGGUAAAACAGUAGAAGUGGGUCGUGCUUAUUUUGAAACAGAAAAGAAACACUUCACAAUUUUAGAUGCUCCUGGCCACAAGAGUUUUGUCCCAAAUAUGAUUGGUGGUGCUUCUCAAGCUGAUUUGGCUGUGCUGGUCAUCUCUGCCAGGAAAGGGGAGUUUGAAACUGGAUUCGAAAAAGGUGGACAGACAAGAGAACAUGCAAUGUUAGCAAAAACAGCGGGGGUAAAACAUUUAAUAGUGCUUAUUAAUAAAAUGGAUGAUCCCACAGUAAAUUGGAGCAGCGAGAGAUAUGAAGAAUGUAAAGAAAAAUUGGUGCCCUUUUUGAAAAAAGUUGGCUUCAGUCCAAAAAAGGACAUUUACUUUAUGCCCUGCUCAGGACUGACAGGAGCAAAUAUUAAGGAGCAAUCAGAUUUCUGUCCUUGGUACACUGGAUUACCAUUUAUUCCAUAUCUGGAUAAUUUGCCAAACUUCAACAGAUCAAUUGAUGGACCAAUUAGACUGCCAAUUGUGGAUAAGUAUAAGGAUAUGGGCACUGUAGUCCUGGGAAAGCUGGAAUCAGGAUCCAUUUUUAAAGGCCAGCAGCUUGUGAUGAUGCCAAACAAGCACAAUGUGGAAGUUCUUGGGAUACUUUCUGAUGAUACUGAAACUGAUUUUGUAGCCCCAGGUGAAAAUCUCAAAAUCAGACUGAAAGGAAUUGAAGAAGAAGAGAUUCUUCCAGGAUUCAUACUUUGUGACCCAAGUAAUCUUUGCCAUUCUGGACGCACAUUUGAUGUUCAGAUAGUUAUUAUCGAGCACAAAUCCAUCAUCUGCCCAGGUUAUAAUGCGGUGCUGCACAUUCAUACUUGUAUAGAAGAGGUCGAGAUAACAGCCUUAAUCUCCUUGGUAGACAAAAAAUCAGGAGAAAAAAGUAAGUCACUGACCCGUUUUGUGAAACAAGAUCAAGUAUGCAUUGCUCGUUUAAGGACAGCAGGAACUAUCUGUCUGGAGACUUUUAAAGAUUUUCCUCAGAUGGGUUGUUUUACUUUAAGAGAUGAAGGUAAGACCAUUGCAAUUGGGAAAGUUCUGAAACUAGUCCCAGAGAAAGACUAAGUAAUCUUCUUGAUGCCUCUGCACAAUACUGUGAAGAAAAUUGACUGUAGAAGUUCACCAUCUUCUCUUAUUUACUAUCAAUGGACAGAUGUUUCUCCAUAUUUUGCAGAGAAAAGUUUCACAGCAAAAUUCCAUGUUUUGUCAGUUUUCUCAUGUUGAGAUCUCAGUUAUGUCAUUGUUGAAUUUAUCACUCAAAUUUCCUCCCUGUUUACCAUUCUGCUUCCUGGGACAGAAUCAGUAAUAGCUCUGUAAGUGAUGUGGAUGUAAUUGCCUAUAAUAAUGAAAAAUUAAUAUAUUUUUUAAUUUUUCAUUUUGCUUUAGGAUAUUUAGACAACCCUUCUUCCACAAAGACCAAUCAGAGUGUGUCAGUGUGCGUGUACAUGUUAAAAAGACAACAUGUGAAUAAAAUACUCCAUUUGAAACUCUUCAGUAUUUGAAAUGCUUUUGAAUCAUGUUUAAAAUUUGUAUGUAAUACUAACCAAAUAGCUUUUUUUACUUUCCCAACUAUUGAAUACGUCUUAUUACUUGGGUUUAUAAAAACUGUCCU